GUGCAGUUCGGGCGGAGCGGCGCGGGGCUGCGAGGCUGGGCGCUGGGGUCGCCGCUUCCCGGGAUCGCCGUUUCCCCGCUGACGCUCCGGGCGCGGCGCACGUGCGGGCAGCCCGGUCGGCACCCGCGGCAUUGGAUGCGCGGAGUCCCCGCGGCGGCUCGUGGCGGGGCUGGCGGCGAGGUUCGUUCGGGGCGGCGCCGAGGAGCGGCUGUGAUCGCGUUCCCGUUUGUGCUUUACUGCCUAAAGCCGUCGCGAUGAACCCCCAGUGCUGACGGCUUUACGAGGGUCGCGCGGCCGUGCGGGAGGCGCUGCAUUCUCCUCUGGAAGCGCCGCAGCUGCUCCCGGCGCCGUCGGACCGCCUGCAUGGAGCUGCGCCCCGGGGGCUCUGCGUGCGUCCCUGCCAGCCCUUACAACGCUGUGAUCCUACGAAGAGCCUCCGUCUGCGCUGAGUUCGGCGAAACUUGGACGUUGUUUGGUGUUUGUAUUUCUAUAGGUGUGGAUUAGAACCCUCGGGCCGUGCAGCAGUCCCACAGUGAGUGCUGGGCCCUGCUGGCACAUACAGCUGGUUCCGGGGCACCCGGUGCUGCAGGGGAUCCAAUCACAGAAUCACCAAGGCUGGAAAAGACCUACGAGAUCAUCAGUCCAACCAUCCGCCCAUCACCAAUAGUUCUCACUAAACCAUGUCCCUCAACACAACAUCCAAACGUUCCUUGAACAGCUCCAGGGUCGGUGACUCCACCUCGUCCCUGGGCAGCCCAUUGCAGUGCCUGACCACUCUUUCAGAGAAGUAGUAUUAGUUCCUAAAGAGAAGUAUUAUUUCCUAAAGAAAAGUAAUAUUUCCUAAUUCAGGCACUCUGCCCGCUGUGCUGCUGUGGUUGGGCAGCAGCUGUGCCCCACGGUGGGCUCUGAGCUGGGAAAGCUGGGUGCAUAAAACAAACAGGGACACGCUGCUGUUUGCAACUCUGCUCAUGACGAGUCGUGGAGGGACUCAGAGGGAAACGACGAUGGAUGUUUGGUUCUUGGGGUAGUUCUGCUCGCUGAUGUUUCCCUACAGCUGUUGUGACCCGGCUGCAGGAUGGCCGGCGGUUGCUGGGCCUCUCCAUCUCACGGUUGGCAGAAAUGGGAGUUUGCAGUGCUUGCCAUCGAACCACCAGAACAGGAGGUGUCUGUAACACCUCACUGAUAGCACCAGGAGUUCUGAACACAUGGAGAGCAGUGGGAGCCACCAGGCCAUGGGAGCACCAUGGAGAGGAGGCGGCACAGUGUGAGGAGCAGCCCAGCAUCACCGCCUCCUGCUCGAGCUGCUGGCCUGCAGCCUCUGCUCAUUCCCAGCCCGGAUCUCUUCGUACCUCCAGGAAGUCUUUUCUCCUCUCUCUGACUUCACGUGCGCCGUGUGUGAGUUAAGGCACAGGGGUGUGCUGAGUGCUGCAGCUUUCUUUUCUCAAUCCCCACUGAGACAAAUCGAAACUUCUCCCUUCUGUCGGCAACGGAGCUUCUCUGCACUGCAGCAAUGUGAGCUGACACUGCUGGAACGGAACUGCCUGAAUUCCGGAUGGAGCCCAAAAGUGGCAGCCCUGCGGUGCCCUGGAGGGGUGAGAGCAGUGUGUUGUUGGAGCGCCCCACGUUGCCAACGGGCAGAAGUUGGUGCAGUGCUCAGCACACUGCUCUCGAUAAGGAAGUGGGAAACCUCACAGAGACGACGGGAUGCUUUUUCUGAACAAAAUGUCGACGUGAAGCGGCCGCAGGGCGCUGGGACCAGGAGAGGAGAGCUGUGUGCAAUGCAGGGCUGGGCAGGGGCAGCAGGGUGCUGCCGGGAGGGCAGGAGUGGAAGGAGCAGGAGGCGCUGCGCUGCCCCACACUGCUGGUGUCCCCGCAGCCCCACGCAGCCCUCACGCGCUCAGCGGAUGCCAUCGGCUCCAUGCCGGUGCUGCCGCAGCACAACUGAUACCACGUCGGCUUUCGUUCUGUACAACUGCACUUUCUAUUUUACGGCAGUGAGAACUGGCCUUGGUUAAGAGCUGAGAGCUGCAGCCUUCCUGAAGAACCCUUCCCGCUGCCGCUGAGGGCCCCGCGUGGACCGGCGCUGCGGUGCUCAUGUUCACUUGCUGCCUCAUUACCUGACUUCUCCUUUUCCUCUGGCAAAUAAUGAGUCUGCAGAAGGAAGGAAGAAAGCCGGGGGUACUGAAAUCAAGAGUCGAGUCUCAGUGGUGUGGAUGAGUGAGAGGAGGUUCUGAAAGCAGCAAAGCCGGGACCCGCAGCACCGGGUGCUGCUGAGUGCAGGGGGGCACACGGGGGGCACGGCUCCCAGCUCUCACAUUGCAGCACCGUGGGGCCGAGUGCUGCUCAUCGGUCCUGAGCCGCUCAUCUCAGGAGAAGUUCUGCUGCAGUCAUUAUUGGGAAGUUCUGUGUUGGUUUCUUUUUGUCGCAGCCCCCGCCGGCGCUCUGAGCCACGCAUCCAUCGCAUCGGGGACUGUGAAGCUGUGAAAUGGCAGUGAUGGGGAUUGCGUGCCAUGGAGCCCCCGCUCCGCCCGCCAAGCAGCAGCAGGAGCUCAGUGCCACCAAAGGGCUGCACGAGGCCGCGAGCGAGAAGCAAAGCAGCGUCUGCAAAGUCGAGGAUUCAAAGAAAGCCAUCUUCCAUAGCCAGUGGAAAAUCCUCAACGACGUCAUCACCAAAGGAACAGCAAAAGAAGAAACAGAAGGAGGCUGCGCGUCCAUCUCCAUUAUUGCCCAGGCAGAGUGUGAGAACAGUCAGGAGUUCAGCCCCACUUUGUCAGAGAGAUCCUUCAUUGCCCACAGCAAGCGUUACAGCCGCUCAGACAGCCUCGACCAGAUCCCAAACAAUGUGGCCCAUGCGACGGAGGGGAGGAUGGCUCCCACCUGCUGGAGGGGGAGGCAUCGUGGUAGGGCGAAGAAGAAGCGUCACAAGAAACGAUCCAAGCUGAAAAUACAAACAGUGGCUGCUGGCAGACGGGGCCCCAGAACUCCGGAACAGGAGAGCUGCACUCCGAUUCCCGUCCAGGAGGAUGAAAUGCACCACAGUGCUCUCUACAGAAACAGCUUUUGGUUAUCAGAGCUGAACAAGAGCUUGCUUUAUGAUCCACCCCCGUUUGAGAAGCCCGAGAAAGUUCUGUCCGCAGGCAAGCUCCAUUCAGUGGGCAGCCAGCACAAAACUGACUUGCACAAGCUGAUAAGCCCUGUCCAGUGCCUUAAUCAUGUCUGGAAACUGCACUACCAGAGGGACAACGUCCCUCAUCCUGAAACCCUCCGUCCUUUUCCAUACAACAUUGUGCCCCCCGCCUUCCCACACCUGGACAAUCCUAUCCAUCCCGUGAAGCUUAAUGCUCUGGAGACGUAUUUCCACCGUGAUCUCAAUUACCCAGACAGUGAGCAUCGCUUGUCUGGCCUAAAGUUGGGAUACAGCUUCCCCAAGUGCGUCAGCCAGUCCAUGAAAAGCAGCUUGGACAAGGUUUCUGUGGAAGAAUACUUGGUGGACGCCUUGAAGGGCAGCGUGAGCCUCGGGGAGCCGCAGAACUUGGCCAGCCUCGCCAAGACGUGGAGGGGAGGCAGCCUGGACCCAAAGGAGCAGUUUCAAAAGGCAGAUGAGAAUGAAGGCGUGCUGCUCACUGAGAAACUAAAGCCAGUGGAUUAUGAGUACCGAGAAGAGGUUCACUGGACCAAGUGCCAUGGCUCCCUGGGCAUCGGCUCUUUUGGAGAAGUGUACAAAGUAGAGGACAAGCAGACAGGAUUUCAGUGUGCUGCCAAAAAGGUGCAGGUCGAACACUUCCGUGCAGAGGAGUUGACGACGUGCGCAGCGAUAACGAGCCCUAAGGUUGUGCCGUUGUACGGCGCCGUGAAGGAGGGACCUUGGGUGACCAUCUUCAUGAAGCUGAUGGAGGGCGGAUCGCUGGGGCAGCUAAUUAAGCAGAGCGGCUGCCUGCCCGAGGACAGAGCCCUCAGUUACCUGGGGCAGGCACUGGAAGGUCUGGAGUACCUCCAUGCUCAGAACAUUCUCCAUGGAGAUGUGAAAGCGGAAAACGUGCUUUUGUCUGAUGAUGGGAGCAGAGCUCUGCUGUGUGAUUUUGGCCACUCUGCUCACCUCCAUCCCGACGGCCUGGGGAAGUGCUUGGUCACAGGGAACUACGUGCCGGGCACAGAGACACACAUGGCUCCAGAGGUGGUCCUGGGGAAGCGCUGUGACUCCAAGGUGGACGUGUGGAGCAGCUGCUGCAUGAUGCUGCACAUGCUGAACGGCUGCCACCCCUGGACGCAGUAUUACAAUCAUCCCCUUUGUCUGAAGAUCGCAAAGGAGCCGCCGCCUCUGAGGGAAAUUCCACCUUCCUGCAACCCCCUCACUGCUGAGAUCAUUAAAAUGGGCCUGGAGAAGGAGCCCGUGCAGAGGGCGUCUGCGUCAGAGCUGAGGACCAAGGCCAGCACUGCACUGCAAGAAGUGGGAGGUGUGAGAAGCCCCUGGAAAGGCGAAUACAGAGCGCCCAGGCGUUUGGCACUGCACAAAGAGAACAACCCCCAGACGUCCCUGCCCCCCACAGCGAGCCCCACUUCGGCCGCUCCUCACCCGGAACCGGCAGCCCGAGGCUGCAGUGCCAGCCCUGUGCCACCACCGGCCCUGGAGCGAGCGAGGCAGGGCGAGGGAACGCGCUGGAAUGAGAGCAGGGAUCUGUCCAGGACCUGGGAUCCUCCUCCUCUCUCCUCCGCUCCCCUCCCCUUAAAGAGCUGCAGCCAUACAGAGAGAGCAAGCACCAUUUCUGAGCAAGAGCUCCAGCAGCUGGAAAUAGAGCUGUUUCUGAACAGCCUUUCUCAGCCGUACUCACUGGAAGAGCAGGAACAAAUGCUUUCGUGUCUGAGCAUUGACAGCCCGUUUGUGUCAGACGCCAGUGAGAAGAACUCCAUGAAGGCCUCCCUCAGCCUGCGGGACACCAUGAGCUCCGGCAUCCAUUCCUGGAACAGCCAGACAGACGGACAGAGCUUCAGCUGGAACAACGUGCUGAGCCGCGGCCGCCACACGGACACCCCCAGCUGCUUCAAUGGAGUGAAAAUCCAGAUCCAGUUGCUAAGUGGAGAAAAUUUACACAUCAGGGAUUUCCACAGGACAAAGGUGGGAGACAUUGCCACUGGGAUAAGCAGCCAGAUACCCGUCCCCGCCUUCAGCCUGGUGACAAAGGAAGGCCGCCCCAUUCACUAUGACAUGGAAGUCCCCGACUCGGGGAUUGAGCUGCAGUGCACCCUGGCCCCGGAUUGCAGCGUCAGCUGGGCGUGGAGAGUCAAACACGGUCAGCUGGAGAACAGGCCGUGAGGCCGCUCC